AUGGGCGAUUCUUCUGGCCCAAGUCAUAAGAGAAAGCCUAUUGGCGAUCUCUUUAAUCAACAACCAUCUUCAGCAGCAUCCACCUCCGCCUCUUCUUCUACCAUGCCUUCUAGCGCUGCCAGGCGAACCAAGAUGCUUGCGGAUCUUCACAGGUCUGUCCGCCAGAAAUGGCCAGCCAUGGGAUCAGCUCAAGUCCCAAUCACCAUCCGCUCUGACUCUACCUACCGUACUUAUGCCGCUGAGCAAGACCCCAAAGCGCUCUUCGAAAAAGCAACCCGAUACUUGGGAUCCCUUAGAGGCAAUCGGACACAAGAGCAGCAGGACAUCCUCAUCAAGGAGCUUCACGAUUCCAUCAUCCACGCAAUCUUUGGUAGCAACAAGAUUGAGCGAGCUGGGUUGGGCCUUGAUGUCACUAUGCAUCUUUGCCGCCAGAUCCUGCGAGGCGAGCCUGUUCCUGACAUUGAAGAGCGCGAUCCGGACUACGAGUCGAAAGUCCUAAGCCUAUACAAACACGAUGAGUCACUUCGGCAAGAAACUCGACAGCAUGUUCUUCGCGGCCGUCGUGAGGUUGUACAGCACAUGAGGGCUUUUCAGCAUAUCAUCCACCACUUCGUCGUUCUUGGAGAAGACAUGACAGAGGAUCUCAUCAAGGAUACACACGCUAUCCUUUGCAAGGGUGUCCCCAUCAUUGAGGUCCCUGAGGUACCCUACGAGAAGUACGCUGGCAUCUAUCGCACGUGCUAUGUAGGCGCUGGAAACACUAUGUUCGUCACGCCCCAGUAUGUCCCUGCCAAGAUGGCGGAGAUGUGCGCCAACCUGAAGAAGGACAUCGAACAAGGAGAAGCCCGACAAUCUCUCGACCCUCUCUCCCUUGCGUCCAAGUACUCACUCAGAUUCGUCGAGAUCCACCCCUUUCAAGAUGGAAACGGGCGUAUGUGUCGUAUGGUUCUAAACGCAAUCCUCUUCCGCUACGCAGGAAUCGUCGUUCCCAUCGGAGAGCGUGAGGAAGACCGAGUCGAGUAUAUGAACAUCAAGAAGCGGGCGUCCAAAGAUAUGGAAGGCCAUGGGGAGUAUGCAACCUUUGUUUUGAAGAAGGGGACAAAGGCUAUUCACAAGCUGAAGCAGAAGCUUAAUGGGAAGAAGUCGUCCUAA